AUGGCUCAAACCGAUCAGGAUUUCGCGCUCUCAGCGGUGUAUAAAAAGUCUCAAAGUGCGAUUGAUACCAAAGGUUCGCCCGGCUGGGAUUGCAAGGGAAAGGCGAUGCUGAUCACGGGUGCCAACGGCGGUGUGGGGCGGGCGGUGGUUCAGUCAUAUGCACGCACAGGAGCGUCGCAUAUCGGGCUAGGUGUGCGGCGCGAUGUUAGCGACCUGGUCGGCGCGGUCAAGGCAGCAGCCGCCCACGGUGGGCACCCAGAACCAACCGUGACGGUGGUACUUCUGGAUCUGGACGACCGAGUGAGCGUCACAGCCGCGGCAGAGCAGCUCGAGCGCGAAUGGGGGCGGCUCGACAUCAUAAUCAGCAAUGCCGCCUUCUUGCCACCCUUCGAACCGCUGCUUGAGGGAAAUGAGACUGACUAUUGGUAUGCCUGGGAGAUAAACGUCCGCGGCACAUACUGGCUUGCCAAAGCAUUCCUGCCCCUGCUGCUACGCUGCGGCGGCGACAAGACCUUCGUCGCCAUCAGCAGCCUUGGCGCCCACAUUGUCACCCCGGGGGCCAGUUCCUACCAGACGACUAAAUUUGCAAUCGUCCGCUUCGUCGAGUUCCUGAUGCAGGACUAUGGUGACCAGGGUCUACUCGCCUACUCAAUGCAUCCAGCAUCGAUGCUCACCGAGCUUGCCAAAAACAUACCUUCGAAUAUGCACCAUCUCCUCAAUGAUACGCCUGACUUGGUUGGCGAUACCUUUGCGUUCUUGGGCAGUCAGAAGAGAGAUUGGCUUGCUGGUCGAUUCAUCGCUGUGGGCUGGGAUAUGCCAGAAUUGAUGGCGAGAGAGAAGGAAAUUGUUGAGAAAGACGCUCUUAAGUUUCGCAUGGUGAUGUAA